AUGGGCAGCACCAAGUCCAUCAUUGAGAUGAUCUCGGACUUCUUCAAGCCGGAACGGCCGAGCUUCCAUGGGGAAUGGGUUUGCAUCGACACUUGGGGCUUGGAGGAGUUUCUGAAAGAGAUGGGGAUCUCCUAUAUGAAGCGGCUGGCGGCUUCAAAGGCCCCAUGGCCCAGCUGGGAGUUCCACCAGGAGCAGGAUACCUUCAAGUUCAUCAACCAUACGAUGCUGGGAGACAUCAUCGAGGAGUUCGUUGCAGAUGGGUCAGAGUAUACCACGGUGGAUGGUCACAAGCAAACUCUGACCUGUAUAGCUGAGUGGGAGGGAAAGACCUUGGUCAUCGAGCGCAUGGGGCCUCAGGGCCGGUUCCGUGAGGAGCGCUCCAUUGAUGAGAAGGGACAGCUGAACUUUCGGCUCAGAAGGAAAGUCCAUGUCAUGGGGCCGCAGCUUCAAACGAAAAGGGACCUGAAGGAGCGCAUCGACACCACCUAUGGCGACAUCGCAGAGUUCGGCGGCGAGGGCCCAGAGACGCGGAGAAUCAACCUGGAAGGCAAUUCCUACCUUCGCAGCUCCUUUCCGCGCUUGAGCUACAUCUUGCGUGCACGUCCAUUGGACUGGGUCCCUGUGCCAGGCUCUCAACCGGGCGAUUUCGCUCGGCCAACGCCAAGGGCCUGGACGAGGACGGAGCAGGCCGUGAAGGCGGCCAAGGAGGCCAAGGAACGUGCCAGUGAGGCGGCCCAAGGUGCACUAGAUGCGGCCCAGGCAGAGGACCCGGAGACCGCCUUCAAAGCCGCCCAAAUGGCCCGUCGGGCGGCUGACGCCGCGCAGGCCGCGGCAGCUGCUGCCGAGGCUGCAGGGGCUGCAUUGGGGGCAGCCAAUCCCUUCGAUUCCGGGCGCCGGAGCUUGGCGGCGCCGCCCGGUUCGAGGCCAGGCUCAGGCGUUCCGAAUCGCCGCUCCAUUCCCUUUAUGAUGCAGUCGCGGCAGACCCUUCCAGGCAGCUACGUCCCAGCUCGGAGUCCUCCGCGGGGCGGCUUUUGGAUGCCACAGGCUCAACUGCCACCGGCACCCAUACCGGUACCCACUGGAGGUGUGCAAAAGUUUCCGCAACUGCAGCAGCAACUACAACAGCCGCAGCAACUACAACAGCCGCAGCAACUGCAACAUCCGCAGCAACUGCAACAGCCACAGCAACUACAACAGCCACAGCAAAUGCAACAGACUCAACUUCAACAGCCACAGCUCCCACCGCAGUUGCAACCACCGCAGCUGCAACAACCACAACUUCAGCAGCCGCAACUUCAACAGCCGCUGCCCAGCUCGAAUGCGCCACUCAUUCGAGCGCCGCAGAUCCAGAUGCCGCAGGGUGGCGACAUCGGGGAUUCUGCGGUGUCCCGCCGUGAUGAGUUGGGACUCUUCGAGGUGGUGUCAGCCGUGGCCACGUCACCCAACUGGCAUUCGGCACUGGCUUUGCUGCAAGAGGCCUGCCGCAGCGCUGUGCGCGCCGACGCGGCGGCGUUCAACGCCCUGGCGACACGUGCCAACAGCUGGACAGAGGCGUUUUAUCACUUCACCUGGGCUCGUCACCAGGGAAUCACCUGCACUUCGCGCUCCCUACGCAGCGCGUGUGCUUCGGGCGUGCGAUGGCCACAGGGGCUGGAGCUCUUGACCCUUUUCGAUGCCAUGCACAUGCGCUUGGACAUGGUGGCCUUUAGCGCAACUGCCCAUGGGGCAGUGGCGGUCGGACAGUGGACCACCGUGCUGGAUGUGUUGCUGAGCCUCCAGUUCUUCAAGCUUGAAACCAGUGCCGUACUGCGCAACACCGCAGUGAACGCCUUGUCCAAGACCUUGCAAUGGCAAAGAUCCUUGCAGGCCGUUCGUGCUGCUACCUUCCAGCAGCUGCGCCCUGACCUUUUCACGUUGAGCACACUCCUGUCGGGCCUUCCUUGGAGCUGGGCCAUGACCAGCAUGGAGGAAGUCUCUCCAGGAGUGAGGAGAAAUGUGCAAAGCUGGGGCGCUUUGCUUGGGACCUUCGCUCCGAGUGCUUUGUGGGAAAUGGCCAUCAGCACGCUGAGGAGCAUCCCUGAUGGACUGAACCUCACCAUGAUGAACAUUAUCUUGAGCGCCCUGGAAAAGGGUAGCCGAUGGCAGGGUGCCCUUACAAACCUCCAGGCAGGUCACGAGCAAAGCCUCCAAGUGGACUCCAUUAGCUUGAACUCGGCCCUCAUGUCCUGCCGGCAAGUUCAGAAGUGGGCAGAGGCCAUGAGUAUAUUGAAGCGUUGUUUGCGAAAUGCUAUCAAGCCUACUGACAUCACCCUGAAUAGCCUUCUCAGCUCCUGGGACACCGGCACCCAGUGGCUUCGCGCUUUGCACUUCCUCCACAGCGAGUCCGACUGGAGGCACGGAAUGACAGCGGAGGCACGGAAUGCGGCGCUGAGCAGCUGUGUGAAAGCCUCGACCUGGCGUUUUGUGCUGGAGCUGGUGCCAGCAGAUGAAGCUGGCCUUGGCACCUUGAUGACCACCAGCUGGACCUAUGGGCUUUGGCUUUUGGAUCACUCUUUGUUGGAGCCGUUCAGCUCUUCAUACCAGAGCAUUCUUUGGGACGCGGAGCCUGGUCGGUGGGCGCCUCCGCUCUUCGAGAGGAUCUCCCGCCGAACGCGCUUCGUGCUGGGCCUGGCAGCCUGGCGGCCUGGACCGGGUGAGAUUGACGUGGUUUCCGAGUUUGGCUCUUUGAAUUGGACAAUCCUUCUUUGCCUGGCGGAUCACUCCUAG